AUGGAGUCAUUGAAGAGGAAGUCGUUGGAGGACACAAUCGAGGAUAUUGAGGCUCCGCCACUGAAACAACAUAGAGAGAAUGGUUUGGUAAGUUUGGAUGGCUCUGUCGCAUGUGUGCACGAUGUGUCAUAUCCUGAAGGGUACGUGUCUCAUGCGUUACAUUCCACUAUGGCGAACCAAGAAGAUCUAAAACCAGCUAAGGAGUUUCCAUUCAAGCUCGACCCUUUUCAGUCCGAAGCUAUCAGAUGCAUCGACCAUGGCGAGUCAGUCAUGGUCUCAGCGCACACAUCAGCAGCUCGAAGAGUUGCUAAAGUUCAGCUUGAGUGCAAGGUUCAGAUUGAUGUUGAGAAUUUCGUAAGUUCUUUCAGAUGUGAUAUCAUGCAGGCUGUGUACGACUGGGCCAAAGGCUCCAAAUUUUCCACAAUCAUGGAAGGUACACAGGUUUUCGAAGGAAGCUUGAUCAGGGCAAUCCGGAGACUGGAGGAAGUUCUUCAGCAGCUAAUACAAGCAGCAAAAUCCAUUGGCGAGACAGAGCUUGAAACGAAAUUUGAAGAGGCCAUCACCAAAAUCAAGAGGGAUAUAGUCUUUGCAGCAUCUUUGUACUUAUAG